AAAGGACGUCGUAAAAAACAGGGCAUUGAACAGUUUUGACUUGCUUUGCUUGCAAUUUGGGUACCCGAGAGCUUGAGAGAGACAGAGAGAAGGGGAGAAAGAAGAAAGGCAGAAUCGGAAAUGGAUCCAGACGCGUUGGCCAAGGCAUUCGUGGAGCACUACUACUCCACCUUCGACGCGAAUCGGGCCGGGCUUUCAACCCUUUACCAGGACGCUUCCAUGUUGACUUUCGAGGGCCAGAAGAUCCAGGGCUCCGCCAACAUCGUUGCCAAGCUUACUAGCCUCCCCUUCCAGCAGUGCCACCACCAGAUCUCCACCGUUGAUUGCCAACCCUCUGGCCCCGCCGGCGGUAUGCUCGUCUUCGUCAGCGGCAAUCUCCAACUCGUUGGCGAAUCUCACGCCCUUAAGUUUAGUCAGAUGUUCCAUUUGAUGCCAACUCCACAAGGAAGCUUUUAUGUAUUGAACGACAUUUUCCGCUUGAACUAUGCAUAAAAUAGUGAUGGGCUAAAAUCGGAGCUCAUGCAUGGAGUGUCAUGUUGAUUGAGUUGUGCGGGAUUGCUAAGAGCUGGUAUAAAGUUCGUCUUUUGGAGGUUGAGAGAUAAUGGUUUAAUAUUACCUCUCUCGCGCUCUCUCUUUCGCUCUCUCUCUCUCUCUGAUUUCUUCUUUUACUUUUAUGCAUAAUUUGUUCCUCAAUCGUUAUAAAGAUGUUACGUAUCAGACUUUUUCUUGGUUUUGAUUGAAUGAAAUGGCCUAAUAGCCCUCUGGGGCAUUCUUGAAAACCAGUGGGCUGAAUUGGGUAUGUCCUUGUAAAGUUUGAAAUAUCGGAAAGUUGGAUUCAUACAUGUUCUAUGCCUUGUCAAAUGA